GGGCGAAAGUUUAGAGCAAUUGUCGGUAUAAUGCAAGUUCCUGAACGCGAAUUAAUGGGGGACAUUUUGUUGAGUGAAACCGCUGAACCUUUGCUCCCCGUACACGUCAAUAUUGCUAAAUUUCAAAGGAUGGAAAACGGUCAGUAUAUUGAUACAGAGGACAGGGAUGAAACUGUUAAGAGAAGGCAGAUGGCUAAUGCCAAAGAGCGCCUGCGAGUCAGGAGCCUGAACACCAUGUUCUCACGUCUUAGACGAAUAGUCCCUGUGAUGCCACGCGACCGAAAACCCAGUAAAGUGGAUAUGCUUAAAGCUGCCACGGAAUACAUCCGCCUUUUGACAGCUGUGCUAAGCGAUACCUCCAACAAUAACGACGGGAAUGCAAACGAUGUUCUUGAGAACACAAUCAACUACUCACAUGCCGACGGUAUGAACACUGAACUUUGGGACAUGGAUGAUGUUUUGGAGACAGUGUCUGGCUCUGGCCUGGCUGAAGGUGUGGGCAUGUCUGCUCCCAUGGCAACAGAAGGAUUACAAGCUGAUGACAGAGAUUUGAGUGGUGUGAUGGUGCAUCACUGUGUGGUACCAACAUACCAAUACAUCGUCCAACUAGCCCCCGAUCACACCAUGGUUUAG